GGGGAACGGCAGCCGAGCUGGCGGUCACGUGAGCCAAACUAGUUGGAACCGACCGGAAGCGGCCCAGUGAAUAGCCUCCCUCUCCCCCCUCCCUCCGUCGCCGAUUGGCGCCCCCCUAUUCCGGCCGGCCGCAGGUGCGACGAUGACGACGACGAGGAGGAGAUUGCUGGAGACGAUGCGGGUCGCGGUCCGCCGCCGCUUCAGUUUGGACGCUAGCGCACCGCUGGUACGCACGCGGGCCUACGUGGACGGCCGAUGGGUGCGCGCGCCGGACGACUUCCCCGUGCUGGAUCCCGGCGCCGGAACCGAGAUCGCGCGCGUUGCCGAUUGCGGGCCGGAAGAGGCCAAACGAGCCGUGGACGCCGCCCACGAAGCUUUCCGCCAAUGGAAGGACGUUACGGCGAAGGAGCGCAGCGCGGUGCUGAGGAAGUGGGCCAACCUGAUGGAUGAGCACAAAGAGGACCUGGCCAGAAUCAUCACCUUGGAGAGCGGCAAGCCCGUGAAAGAGUCGCUGGGGGAGGUGUCUUAUUCGGCGUCCUUCCUAGACUGGUUUUCAGAAGAGGCGCGUCGGGUGUACGGCGACGUGGUGCCUUCGCCCUUCGCGAACCGCAAGAUCCUCCUCCUCAAACAGCCGGUGGGCGUGGCCUCCAUCAUCACUCCGUGGAACUUCCCCAGUGCCAUGAUAACCAGGAAGGCCGGUGCCGCGCUGGCCGCCGGAUGCGCCGUGGUGGUCAAACCGGCGGAGGACACGCCCCUUUCUGCCCUGGCCCUGGCCGAGCUGUCGCACCAGGCGGGCGUUCCCGCCGGCGUCUUCAAUGUGGUCCCCUGCUCCAGAGAACGGACCCCCUCGGUGGGGCGCGUCCUGUGCACCGACCCUUUGGUGGCAAAGAUCUCAUUCACGGGCUCCACCGCCACCGGCAAGGUUUUGCUGAAAAUGGCCGCCGACACCGUCAAGAAGGUUUCCAUGGAGUUGGGGGGCCACGCCCCUUUCAUCGUGUUCGACAGCGCCGACGUGGAUGAGGCGGUGCGAGGGGCUAUGGCCUCCAAGUUCAGGAACUCUGGGCAGACGUGCGUGUGCUCCAACCGCUUCCUGGUGCAGAGCUCUGUCUACGACAGCUUCUUGGCCAAGUUGGGCGCCGCCAUGGACCGCGAGCUCAAGGUGGGACACGGCAGCAAACCGGACUCCACGCAGGGGCCGCUCAUCAACGGCAGGGCGGCGGAGAAGGUCGUCCACCAGGUGGAGGACGCGCUCUCUCGGGGGGCCCGGCUCCUCCGGGGCGGCCGCCGUCUUGGCGGCUCCUUCGUCGCGCCCACGCUGCUGGCGGACGUCAGCGUCGACAUGUUGUGCAUGCGAGAGGAAACCUUCGGGCCCCUGGUGCCCGUAGUCAGGUUUGAGACGGAACAGGAAGCGCUCGCUAUCGCCAACUCGUCCCGAGUGGGCCUGGCAGGUUAUUUCUACUCGUCGGACGUGUCUCAGAUCUGGCGAGUGGCCGAGGCCUUGGAGGUGGGUCUGGUGGGAGUCAACGAGGGUCUGGUAUCUACCGCCGAGGCCAGCUUCGGGGGCGUCAAGGAGUCCGGUCUGGGCGUCGAGGGCUCCAAGUACGGCGUGGACGAGUACCUCCACCUCAAGUACGUCUGCAUGGGCGGCUUGGCCGGCUAGCGCGGCGGGGGUUCCCUGUGCUGAGGUGCCAUCUGUUAGGGUGCGCUAACACUAAUGAACCCUAGUUAGACCCAUUUGACCUACUUAGCUUCAUGUCAUUUCAACCGAUCGGCGGUGGCGACCUACUUCAUUCUUUCCUUGCCGGCCCUGCAUCAAAAGGAAUCCAAAGCACAAAUAGGGAAAGGUGGAGUUGAUUUUUCUAACACGAAUAGAACAGGCCGUGUCCCCAUCAACGUCAUAACGAUGGUGAUCGCGUGAAUGAUGUCAUCCUUGAGUUUUAGUGAUACUGCAUGUCAAUGAGUUUGUUGUCUCAAGGAAAAUAAUUUUGUAUUGUUAAGAGAUGAAGUAAACAAUAAAAUGUUUCCACCAAUCGGCACAUUGUGAGCCAGCCGGUCGGUCGGUCGGUCCUUGAAAAUCCAAAGCUCUUGGCCGAGGGAGGGACACCAUCCCUGACUGACCGCAGCCCAAAUUGCUUCCGGGACGGGACAGCACGGCGACCGCUUCUUUCCAAACGGAUGACGACAGCGGCGGGCUCUGGCCAGCGAAUGCGCCGACUGAUGUGGGAGCGGCGCUCCAUCCUUCUCGUCCGCGGCAUUUGUGCUGAAUUUCUUCACAUGUUGACAUGGAUCUUGGCUUGGCUGACAGCAUUAACAUCUGAACAGUGCCUUCCUUUAAAAGCAAAAAUCACCUGCGUGUCAAGAGCGACUUUUUCUAGUAGUCAUGGAGUAGAGAGGUACUUGGUGCAAAGCAGUCACUCGUCUAAAAGGCAGUUUGGUUGGCGGGCGGGUGGGCCACAUUCAUGGCAAUAAGUACAUGCAGUUAUAUCGUCUCUACCAAUGCUGAGUGCAACCGUACGCCCUACCUUGAAAUGACAACAAUGUGACACAAAACAAACUCAUUGCCGCCCACUGACAGCGAUAAAUGUCCAAAUCACUUAUGCUCAUUUUUUUGCGUGCCAUUGACACCGCUAGACAUCUAACGGAACGUCUAGCGCCAUCGGUGGCAGCCAAGCGAGUUAACACAUUUGUCAGGCACGAACGAGAUUGGGGACGGGACAUUCAUAAGACCAAACGGAUCGGGUGAAUGUGUACCAUAUUUCUCUAGAAUAUCAACGUGAUGAAUUGAUAGGCUAAAUGAUCAAUGCAAAGGAAAUCCGUAUUGACUUUUAUACGUAUUGGUUCAGACGACACACCGGUUUUCAAAUACUACUAAAGAAACAUUUCGGAAACUUCCACAAUAAAUGUCUGGAUUUUAGGAGCAAACUGAAAUGGCAAUAUUUCAACAUAACUUGAAUUAUAUUCACGUACUCAAUAAAUACAAACUUGUUAAUAAUCUCUUAACUAUCCAGAAAUGCCAAAAAUGAACAUUUCUUGCUCCUAAGACCACGUAACAUUAUCUAUGUUUUUUUUUUUUUUUUAAAUGGAGCCAUCCUUUGGGUAAAACACCACUGUUUUUGUCCACAAGCAUAGCUAAGCUCACAGUGGCGCCUCCACAAAUUGAUCCUAGGGGUGGCCAGACGGGGCCACUUCAAAUCUUGGGGUGGCACACCAAAACUAAAAGCCAUCAUUUCAGGUUUUUAUUAUGUUAUUGCAGUAAAAGGCCAGAAGAGAACUAUCAGAAAGACUUAAGGACACGCCUAGUUAGGGAUGGGAAUUGAGAAGAUUUUUACGAUUCCGAUUCGAUUAUCGAUAUUGCUUAACGAUUCGAUUCUUUAUCGAUUCUUAUUUGGACUAAGGGACUGUAUGAGGUUCUGGGUUCAAUAUGUUUUAUGGUUCAUUUGCCUCGGGGUGUCGGUUAGAACACAAGGAGCGGAGAGUGGAGUUGGUCUUUGGCACUUUUAAUCCAACUUGGCAACAGGCACAACUAUUUACAGGCAAUGGCACUUCAUAUGAGAAUCACUCAAUGAGCUGGUGGGAGCAUGCGUGGAAAGACGUUGAUGUAUUUGUAUGCGUGUGAAAGACUGGAAUGUGUGGAUAUAUGUGUGGUUUGGAAAGAAAAUAAAAUUAGUGCUGAUGCAAUAAACAAUGCAAAUUGACUGUAACGCAGUCAAUACCACACAUUCGUGACUCGCAGUGUAAUGAACACAAGGGGGGGGGGGGGCACAACCCGGAAGCACGCUGCGUGCACAUGCGAUCAACAUGGCCAUAAAUGUGGCCAAAACUAUGCACUGGACACUCAUGGAUGUAGAACAUCAUCUUAAGAUGCUAAACUAACACAUUCCCUCUUAACACAAAUGUGCAAUGCGAAUGUAAUGUAAACAACGCUACACUACAUUAUCACUCGCUGGCGACACCUUCUGGUAUACUUGGUGGGUGAUUUAACUGUGAGCAUUCAUGUCAUACGCUCUUACUUGUCAGUGUGUAUUUUGCAUAAAGUCAGUGAUGUCGAUUGGACUGUUUGGAAUCUUCAAGAGAAUCGUUAGAUAAUCUGUCAAAGGAUUCCAUGGAAUUGAUUCCCAUCCCUACACCUAGUGAUAUACUUUGGUGUAUUGUGCUACUUACUAAUUAUUUAAUGUGCAUAGUCCACAACAGUACAGUCAACAUUUUGAGUUCCACAGCUACUACAAUCUGACAUUAUACUGCAGCGCCGCUUGAAGUCACUCACAGCUUUUUUAGUUUUCCCCAUCCAAGAAGAGCCGUUUUGGUCCAAAUUUGUCACGAUUGCGCAUUUUCUCCAUACAUGCUGGAUAGUUUACGUACUACUACUAGGCUACUACAGAGGCAACGUUCUAUUACAGUGUGUGUUGGAGUUUUUGUAUUGGAAAUAAAAGCGCCCGUGUACUAUAAUGCAAUUCCCUGCAGCUAGACGGCAAUGACACAUGAACACAUUUGAAAAAUAAAAGGUCCAAUAAGCCUCGGUUUAACACCAGGGGGUGCUGCAGCACCCUCAACACCCCACUUCUCGUGUCACUGUUAUACUGACCACUGGGGUGGCCAGUAGGGUGGCCUAGAAAUUUAUAGGGGGGGCCGUGGCCACCCCCUAGUGGUGCCAUUGUAAACUUGCUGUAAAAUGUCAGCGUAGGCUGCAAAUAUAUUUGCUUCAUAAAUAGUGUAGAUAAUAAAUACAAGUCCUCAACCAGUUAAACGUGUGUUGGAUGGGAAAAAAUGGACUGACUCAUUCAGCAAGUGAAAAGGGCUCAAGUCCGAACAUCAUGAAAACAAUUCACUUAAUAAUGGUAGGGUCAAUUCUGUCUUUACAACAUAUGGGAAGACAAUCUUUAACUCAAGUCAUUAUAUCAUGAAAAUAAGGUUGCUUAAAAGUUGAUUUUCAGCAUCCUGUAUUUAUAUAUGUUUGAUUUUUUCCUAUUGAUUUUUGGGGCACAUGCGGGUGACUUCCUGUUGAUUUUGUUUCACUUCCCGUUCAUUUGGGGGCAUUUUUCUAGUCACUUCCUUGUCAACUCUUUGCCUGCCACAGCUGGCGCCAUUUUGACCAGGGGGCAAUGGCUGCGUUCCAAUCACGGUUUGAGUUGCCCUCACCACUUUCUAUGACGUCACACGGAGGCCACUUGGAGGGCGGAGGGAAAAUGGGCAGAGGGCAAGCCGACGGCUGCGUUCCAAUCACGGUUUGAGUUGCCAUAAGCGCUUGCUAUGACGUCACACGGAGGCCACUCGGAGGGCGGAGGAGGGGGAGCGAAAGACGUCAAUGGAACACACCUGCCCUCGUUCACUCACAGGCAAGAAAAUCAUGAAACAACCACAAGGUUUUGGAGUAGCGCUAUACUGCCAAUUCCAAAUCAGUGGCGCCUCCAGAAAUUCUUCAUCGGGGUGGCCAAAUGGGGCCACUUAAAACCUUGAGGUGGCACACCCAAAAAUUAAAGCCAUAAUUUCAGGUUUUUACUAUGUUGUAGUAGUAAACAGCCCAGUAGAAAAACUGUCAGAUUGACUUAAGGACACACCUACUGAUAUACUUUUGUUGAUUGUGUUAUAUUGUUUUUUGUACACUAUUAUAUUGUGUUAAUGUGCAUAGUCCAUAAUACUCUAGUCAACAUUUUGAGUUCCGCAGCUACUACAAUCUAACAUUACACUGGCGCGUGGGUGGCCAACAAAUUCAUUGGGGGGAGCCGUGGCCAGGCCUGGCCACCCCCUGGUGGCACCAUUAUUCUACAUCGCACAAAAUGCACGGCGACUAAUGUCAAUAAGCCAGAGACAUAUUCCGUGCUUGAUGGCAAUACGUCGGUACCUGGGAAUUGUCAAAUGAUUAGUUUUGUAUCAAAUUUUAUUUGGGCAAUUCUUUAUUUACGGUAUUUGUCGAUACCUUAUAAUUUGUAGACAAAUUUGUUGUUUAAAUGCAUUUAACCUAUUUGAAGUUUGGUUUAAGUCCCUCCCACUGCCAUUUGAUUGACCGACCAUUCCUUUCAUUUAAAGCAAAAUAGAAAAGAUAAGCGAAAUAGAAACAAUGAAAAAAAAUGGUUUCCCCCCCCUUUUUUUUUUUACGGCAAAAGUGAAAGUCAAUAAAAAAGUGACUUUAUUAUUAUUUAUUCAUUUAUUUGUCUUUAUAUUUAUCAUUCAUGUGUUUUUUUUUCAUUUAGGCACUAUUGUGAUUCCAUACAUUUUGCCAUAACUGCCACAUACAGUCAGAUUUUUUAAUUUUUAUUUCUUAACAGCAAUGAUGAUUUUUACAAUUCGAAAAGCAGUUUGGUAUAGCAUUCCAACACCGUGCUGGCCGCUUAAUUAAUAGGGAAUGGGACGUACUACGUCAUUGUUUGGACGCGCCUCCAUGCUGGCAAUAUGAUUCACUUCCGGGCCGGCAGACUCAGUGCGGAUUGUAACGUGUGGUCGUGCUAAGCUAACUCUUUCGGUGUUUUAGAAAGAAAUUAUGGGUGUGUAUUGUUGUGUUACCGGGUGCAACAGCUUCUCCUACGACUAAAAAAAGGGCGAGGAGAACUGGACUCACUUUUCACCGUUUUCCUGCAUGGAGGACCAAAUAUCAGAUCACGAAGGCACGACGGGUGGCUGGGGCGCAGCGGUUCGUUGGAAAAGCAUUUCUCUUGAUCAUAUUUCUGCUGGAAUGAGAGUGUAUUCCCCUCAUCUCUACUCUUGAAAACCUGCAUAUGAAAUGCUGACAACACAUCCCGAUUGGUCACCAUAUCUCUUCUUGGGUUAUUCUGAGGUCAAGCGCACCACAUCGGAGCAUUAUGAGAGGUUGGAAAGGCGAAGAGUGCACGCUGAAACUUCAGUUUGCUCUGCUCUUACAAACACGAUCCCAAGUGUUGUUGUGAAAAGUCAAUAAAAUAUGAAUACCAAAACA